AUGAGUUUAUUUAUUGGUAUAAACAUCUUAAUGGGAAUUAAAAAACAAUGUAGCUAUCGUGACUAUUGGUCAUCUGCACCUGACUUGAACGAUGCGUAUAUUAGCAGUCUAAUGCCAGUCAAUAGAUUUAGUUGGUUAUUAUCUCAUUUGCAUGUCAAUGACAAUUCAGUCAUGCCCAAAAAAGGUGAUGAACAUUAUGACAAACUUUAUAGAAUAAGGCCAUUUCUUGAUUUUAUUUUAAAAAAUAGUCAACGUUUAUACAAUCCAAAUAAAAUAAUUGCCAUUGACGAAUCAUUGAUUAAAUUCAAAGGGCGGCAUAGCGCAAAGCAAUACUUACCAAAAAAACCUAUUAAAAGGGGUUAUAAAGUAUGGGCCCUUGCCGAUAAAAAUGGUUACCUUUGGAACUUUGAGAUUUAUACUGGAAAAUCUGGAGAUCUAGCUGAGAAAAAUUUAGGCGCUCGCGUUAUUAAAAAAUUAUCCCAGCCCUCACAAAACAAAAAUCAUCAUCUGUACUUUGACAAUUAUUUCACUAGCUAUCCAUUAAUGACUUUUUUAAAAUCAAAAAAUAUUCAUGCUUGUGGAACUGUAAAUAUGACGAGGAAAUAUUUACCUACAUUAAAAUUAGACAAAGAAUUAAAAACAGGAGAAUAUGAUUGA